AUGGCCAAAGAAGAAGAGAAGUAUAUCAUUGGAGGGAAUCGGGGCCUCCUGCACCCAGGCCCGGAUGACCUCGCAAAGCUGGAACAGAUUGAGUCGUCAACGAGAUCAGCUACCAAGAAAGACAAAUUCCGUCGACAUUGCAGACGAUUCUGGCUGUGCUAUUUAAUCGGCAAUGUCAUCUUCCUCGCCAUCUUCUUGCCUAUAUUCUUUCUAGUUGCUAUUCCGGCCAUCGCACAACUGGUGGUCAACAAAUCCAACCUGGUGGUGGUCAACGCAGAAGUGAUGCAUCCCACACCCGACACAGUACAGAUGACAUUGGCGGCAAAGGUGGACUUGAAAAUUGCCCUGGGUGUUCGUAUCGAGCCUGUCAAAUUCUACACCUUUGUUCGAAAAGAUGGACAUGAAAAUGCCUGGGGAGCGAUUGACAUCCCUGGACAAACGAUCAAGGGCAAUUAUACCUUGGGGGUCAAUAACCAGUAUACGCCAAUCCUGAAUGCCACAACCUGGCAGACAUUUGUCCAUGAUACUGUCUUCAAGAAGGAGACAAUCCUGUCGCUCUACGGUGUGACCUAUGGAUAUCUGGGCGUCUUGAAAAAUCACAUCACGAUGGACAAAGACGUGGUUCUACCAUCCUUGAACAAAUUCGAAGGGUUCUCUAUUGACGACGCGACACUCGUCCUACCAGCACAAGAGGACGGAACUAACCUUAUCGCCAACCUCACCCUCCCAAAUCCAACUGCCCUCUCAUUCGAAGUAGGCACCAUCACGCUCGACCUCAAAAGCGGCAAUACAGACCUCAUCAUCGGCAAUGCAACCGUAGACAACGUGAUCCUCCGACCAGGAAACAACACCUUCCCACUGAAAGGCGUCGUGGACCUCAAAACAGUAAUCUCCAACCUCACCGAAGUGAUCGCCUCGCAAAGCUCAUCCCUCAAAAACGGAAAGCUAGCCCUAACAGCAAUGACCCGCACAAUCGUCUCAAACGGCACCUUGAUUCCAUACUAUACCAACGUCCUCAGUGAGCUCCCCUUGGUAGCAAACGUCGGCAUCGGCGACAUCCUCAAAAACACCCUGGGCUACCUAGGCUCCAACGACAAUCUGAACCUGACCGGUGCGCUUUCAGGCAUCACCGACGAUCUUCGGAGACGCGGGCUGGUUGGCAAUAACGCGUUCAACCGAGUGGCAAGUCUGAAACAGAACCAGCAUGUUCGGAAGAUCUUUGAGGAUGAGGAUAACGAUAAGCGAGAUGCGAUGAUAGAUUUUUUGGCGACGUAUUAUGCUUCUUUAUGA